GUUCCUAGUUUCGUUUUGACCGAAGCUGCAGGAGUCAUUCGACACGUGGCUGCGAAAUUCUACCAGGAACUGAGAACAACAGAAGAAGCCAGUUUUGUUUUCUCUCCAUUGAGUAUCACAUCUCAGUUAUGCUUGUUAGCUGAAGGGAGCAAAGGAGAAGCUCAGAAUUCUGUUCUGAGUAUUCUAAACCUCAGCUUGAGAGAGGUUAAAAGCCUCCAUGUGGGAUUCAAUGACCUUCAGGAUGCCCUUGAGGAAACUGAUGACUGGGUUUAUUCUGGAGUUAACAUUUUGGCUGCCGACGAAUCCGCCAAUUUGGAUUCAGUCUUUCUCAACAAGGCCAACAAAUUUUACAGUACAUCAACAUUAAAGACGAAUUUCAGUGACGAGGACAGAACCAUGGAAAACAUCAGCACGACCCUGGAAAUACUUGGCAAAAAAAGAUGGAUUCAGUCUUUCUCAACAAGAAAUCCAGAACUGUCAAAGGGUCAAGGAAACUUGAUCUACCUGAGUGGGGUUUACCUGGAAGGGAACUGGGUCUUGGGAUUUGAGCCCCGAAUUACGACCCAGUUGUUUUUCCAUUCUGCAAAUCGCACUCGGUUUUUUCGGAGAUUUCACACUGCUGCUUCUUCAAAGACAACCGAGGGAACCACUCUUGAUCCAUCAUCAGGAACCGGAACUACUGAAUUGAAAACAGCAUCUGAGGAUGAAGGCCAAACCACUAGCAAACCUGACAGUCCUGUUAUCGACACUGAUAUUCAAACAAAGGACAGUGACGAUGGAAAAGAGGAUUCUGAAAGAUCAACAUUAGAAGAAUCGCCUGAGGGCUACUCGUCUAAUGAACGGAGGAAAAGAGAAACUGAAGACUUUUAUAAAUGCUUUUCUAAUCAUCACUUUGACGAGGAGACGUAUGCUGCUAUGAUGAGAAAAACUGGGAGAAUUUUGAUGGGGCACUUGGACUCUUUUCCCGCCGAUGUCGUGAAACUUGAAUAUGCGAAACAAGGAUUGAGAAUGUAUGUCAUCAUACCGUACACUGAUCUUGAAGAAGUUGAAGCCAUGCUGAUGGAAGAAACCAUCAUUCGUGAAGUAAUCGGGCUUGAAUAUGAACCCAAGAUCGCAAAUUUCAUUUUUCCAAAAGUGAAGUUGACCUCACUGAUGGACUUAAAAUCUGCUUUGUGCAGGGACUUCUUCUGUCUGUUGCGUCGCUCGUUUUCACCGAAUGCUAGAUUUUAUCAGUCGUGUCAGUUGCGUAGGUUCUCGAUCGUGUGUGAAGAGAUGAAGAUGAAAGGUGCAACAUGUGAACGUGUCGCUGUUCUCAUUGAUGACAUCCUGGUUCAAAGCUUCCAUCAUUUCCUUGCUCUUCAUGCUUUGAAGGGCUCACCGCCGCAACUUGGUUUGUCCCUGUUUUGCGAGACGGUAUUGAAAGAGCGCCUUUUGGUGAAAAGUAUGUGGGAGCCAGGGGUUCCCGGCGAAGACUUCGUUGGAGCCUAUCCAACGAUGCCAGUUGCAGAAAUUGCUCCCGGGGUACAAAUUGAACAGAAUGAUUUUGUUGAAGAAAAGCAUCUUCAAUCGAAGCCUAAGCUGUCGAAUGUUCUUCCGUUCCACGGUAAUCCCACCACGAUGAACCUGAAUGCCUUGAUCCUCAACAACAUACAGUCCUCGCAUUACUUCAAAGUCGAUUUGUACUCAAAGAAGACUUAUCACGAAGUCAUCUUGGAGAUGUACCAUCACGUGAAGCAUCUGGAACCAUGGGAAAAAGGUAGCCGCAAAACUGCCGGGCAGACGGGUAUGUGUGGUGGGGUUCGUGGAGUCGGCGCGGGUGGCAUUGUGUCGACUGCAUUCUGCGUAUUGUACAAGCUUUACACGUUGAAGUUGACUCGAAAGCAGUUGAAUGGUUUGCUGAACUACGAGGACGCACCACAUGUACGUGCCAUGGGAUUCAUGUACAUACGGUACACACAACCUCCCGCUGACCUUUGGACUUGGUUCGAGCCGUAUUUGGAAGACGAAGAAGAGGUUGAGGUCCGGGCUGGUGGUGGAAAACCCAUGACGAUAGGCGAAAUUGUGCGGAACCUCUUGACGAAGUUGGAUUGGUUCAGCACCCUAUUCCCUCGCAUUCCUGUCCCAAUCACAAAGGAUAUUUUGGCAAAGUUGAAAGAACAUGAUGAAGCUUUGAAAGAAGGCGAAGAGCAGGAGAAACAAGCAGAAGCGGAAGUUCGAGAGCGACAGAGAUCAAGGUCCGCUCAGAAGGACGAGUCCAGAUCUAGGAAUGAUGAUCGAUAUGAUCGUCGUGACGCGGACCGAAAUCGGGGACGUAAUGGGGAUUGCGAUUGGAGGAGCAAAGAUCGCGAGUCGAACAGACCAAGGAUCGACGAGAACGGAGUGAUCGGAACCGGAGCAGGAGUCGUGAUAGAAGGUCACGCGAAAAAGAGGAACGUAUUCGCCGUUCUCGUUCUCGAAGCCGGGGAAGGCAUGCAAAGGAUGAUCGUUCGAAAAGAUCGAGGAGUCGGUCACCGGAUUUCACCCAUCAUGGCUUUGGCGUUUCGUGUUACGCGAACCUUGGCUCUUCGUCGAUUGUGCACUUCGGCUGUCGUGAAAGCCGAUUAUGACUUGAAUGAUCCCUUUGAGCAUGCGACCGGGCGAGAGAAGUUGGUGCUUCAGGCCGAGAAGGAAGGAAACCCUGACCCUUUCAACACAAAGGGUUAUAUCCGCGGGAAAGGAACAAAAAGUGAUCCUACCAGCAUCCCAUCGUUUCUGAAACGACGGGAUGCUGAGUCGAUGCAUAUCAACUAUAUUUGGCUGGAAAAGGGUGUUGACCGAAGAUGCUCUUGUGGCUUUUGGUUCCGACUUGUGGAUGCGAAGCCGCUGCCGAACUGUCCGGAAUUCAAAGCCAUCCCGAAUUAAAAUGUGAUUUUUUAAUGCAAAAGUUUUCGGGGGCAAUUCCUCACGUUCAUUUUAUUCAAUUGCCGGCUGUGAAAUAUAUCGCGCUGUUGUGUGUGAUUUGGUAAAGGA